AUGAAACUACAAUAACUGUGAGGCACCUGCGAGGGGGGCGUGGAGAGCGUUUGCAAGACUUGCCGGGAUUUUUACGGCAACUUUGACCAAUUCUGGGACAGCAGAGGAGGGAAGCCUUUUGUUGACGACCUGUGAGGUGUACACAGACCAUCAUGUCCUCGCCGAACACCUUGGAUGACGAGGACACCUUCAAGAUCUUGCUCGCUACAGAUGUUCACCUGGGCUACCUUGAGAAGGAUGCUAUCCGUGGCAGUGACUCCUAUAACACACUGGAUGAGAUCCUGAAAUGUGCCAAGACAAAUCAAGUAGAUCUCAUCCUGCUUGGCGGUGAUUUGUUCCAUGACAACAAGCCGUCGCGCCGAUGCCUCCACACAUGCAUCACUAUGUUAAGACAGUACUGCAUGGGAGACUCUCCGAUACAGUUCAACAUUAUCAGUGACCAGACUGUCAACUUCAACACCACCCAGUUCCCCUGGGUUAACUAUCAGGAUGAAAACCUCAACAUCUCUAUUCCCGUAUUCAGCAUUCACGGUAACCACGAUGACCCAACCGGGGCUGAAGGUUUGUGUGCGUUAGAUCUGCUGAGUGCUUCUGGACUCGUCAAUCACUUUGGUCACUCCAACUCAGUGGAGAGGAUUGAGAUUAGUCCCAUCCUCAUGCAGAAAGGCAACACCAAGCUGGCCUUAUAUGGUCUUGGCUCCAUCCCAGAUGAACGUCUGUACAGGAUGUUUGUCAACAACCAGGUAACGAUGCUUCGACCAAAAGAAGAUCAAGAUGAUUGGUUUAAUCUCUUCGCCAUCCACCAGAACAGGAGUAAGCAUGGACCCACUAACUACAUUCCUGAACAAUUCCUGGAUGACUUUCUUGACUUGGUGGUGUGGGGUCACGAGCAUGAGUGUUUGAUAACGCCAACCAGAAAUGAACAGCAGCUCUUCUACGUGACACAGCCUGGCAGCUCUGUAGCCACUUCCCUGUCCCCUGGAGAGGCCACAAAGAAGCACAUAGGGCUGCUGAGGGUGAAAGGAAAAAGGAUGAACCUUGAAAAGAUCCCCUUAAAGACGGUGCGUCAGUUCUUCAUCCAGGAUGUCGUGCUGGCUGACUAUGAAGACCUCUUCACACCUGAAACACCCCAGGUCACAAAGAAGGUGGAGAACUUGUGCUAUGCAAAGGUCACAGAGAUGUUAGAAGAAGCUGAAAGAGAAAGACUUGGCUGUCCGCUCACACCAGAGAAGCCUCUUAUUCGCCUGAGGGUGGACUACAGUGGAGGCUUUGAUACUUUUAACACUUCUCGCUUCAGCCAGAAGUUUGUGGACCGCGUGGCCAACCCGAAGGACAUCAUUCACUUUCUCAGACGCCGUGAGCAAAAGGAAAAUAUCAAAGAUGAGGUCAAAGUUGACUACGGCACACUGUUAAAAAACACACCAGCUGAGGGGCUGAGGGUAGAAGACAUGGUUAAAAAGUACUUUGAGGCCGCUGAGCAGACUGUGCAGCUGUCCCUUCUGACCGAGCAGGGCAUGGGGAAAGCCAUUCAGGAGUUUGUAGAUAAAGAUGAGAAAGACGCCAUUGAGGAGCUAAUUACUUAUCAGUUAGAGAAGACACAGCGCCACCUCCAGGCCAGAGGAGUAACCACAGAGCAGGAUAUAGUCACAGAGAUCAAGCGAUUCAGAGACUCCAAAAAGAACACAACCGAGGAAGAGAAUGAAAUCAAAGAAGCUAUCAACAGAGCCAGAGCUCAUCGUCUGGAGCGUGGCGGUGACCCUGAAGACCUGGAUAUAUCCGAUGAGCUUGCUAUGGACUCUGACGAAGGCUCAGUCCAAAUGCCUCCUCCCACACGAGGCAGAGGGCGAGGAGGCAGAGGGCGAGGUGGCCGUGGAAGAGGAAGAGGUGCAGCUGCCUCUGAACCAAAGCCGGCCGGUCGGGGCCGUUCUCAGAAAUCUUCAGCAGCAACCCAAAGCAAAAGCAUUUUACAAGCAUUUCAAGCUACAUCCCAGAGAUUAUCUCGGACUGCAGCCACCCCAUCUUACACAGCAGAUGAAAUGACAAUUGAUGACUCAGAUGAAGACAUACCUGUAGUGAAAGCUGCCCGACCCCCUGCAAGACCAGCAUCAUCAUCAUCAUCAUCCUCAUCCUUCACUAAGUACGGCUCUCAGAGCCAGAGCCAGUCAUCUAGAGGAGUUGCAUUUGAUGACAGUGAUGAUGAUGAGGAUAACCCAUUCAAAGGCCCCAGCCGUGGUGCACGGAGAUAACCCCAUCAUCAUUUCAUCUAUUAUGUAACACUUUUUCAUGUUGUUGAUUUUCAAAAAAAAA